UAUUAUUUUGACGAUGCGAAACGAUUUGCACGUGUGUUUUAAAUUCGUCCGAGAAUGGAGCUAGUCGAGAAGUCAGAAAUGGUUGAUCACUGUAGUAAAUGGUAAUUUAAGCAUUUAUGAGACCAAAUUCAUCGAGAUGUUUGCACAUUUUGAGCGUGGAAGUUCAGAAGUCGAUUGGUGYGAAGCGAACUACGAGUUUUCCCCGAGCAUCGCCGAGUUCUUCAACACGAUUAGCAACGUUAUCUACCUAGUAAUUCCACCAUUUAUUGCAUAUCUUUUCCGCCCAUACUCCAACCAUGUUGGUCAAGGUAUUAAUAUCAUCUGGGUAUUAUUAGUUGUGAUCGGAGCAAGUUCAGCAUACUUUCAUGCAACAUUAAGCUUGGUUGGCCAGCUAUUAGAUGAACUGGCAAUAUUGUGGGUACUAAUGACAGCGUUUGCACUUUGGGCACCCAAAUGGAUUGUGACCUACUGCCCCUUCUAUGGGGAAAGGUGCAGAUUGGCCUACCUAAUGGUAUUGUUCGGCAUAUUUGGUACCCUGUUGGGAUUCAUCUAUCCAAUAGCAAAUGCUUUUGCAUUAUUGCUAUUAGGAAUUCCAUUGGUAUUUCUUAUCGUAUCUGAAGUGAAAGAGAGUUCAAAUAAGAAAGUCAAACGUCUUGGUUUCUUCUGUACUUUUUGGUGGGUCGUCGCCAUAGUGGUCUGGGUUAAUGAUCGCGUAUUUUGUGACAUAUGGACACGAAUUUCAUUUCCUUAUCUUCACUGUGCUUGGCAUAUUCUGAUAUUUGUGGCUUCAUACUUUGCUUGCGUGAUCGCAUCCCACCAGUAUGCAGUCAAGGAGUUCCCUCAGUUCAAGCCGUCUAUUGCCUAUUGGCCAGAUGCUUCAUACCAGUUGGGGUUCCCUUAUGUCACAGUUCACUCAGACGACGAAAAAGAUUUGAUAGCCUGAAAUGAACAAAUGUCAUUAUUUGUAUUUAAAAACGUGUGUUCGAGGGGUAGCGACUCCUGUCCAAGGGUAUGGGAUUUAAUUCUCGUUUGAAAUUUGAAAUGAGGGGAUCCGGCUAGUUUUUAAUGAUUGUGCGGGUUCACAUGUAUGAUUUUAACCCCUCGCUAAAAUGUAGUAUAAAAGUUGCGACCGUUGAAAAUUUCGUGGAGUUUAGGAGUUUAGGUCACAAAAGUAUGAAAAGUACCUCUAACAUUUGGAUGUUGUUUCUUCCCCAACCCUAAAAAACGUCAAAGGAAAAAAAUGAAAACAUAGGUUUCAAUUUCAAUGUCCAUUGUUCACUCCUUUCGGCCCGGCUGAUUGCGACGACAAUGAACGACCAUUACGAAUACUUUUAUAUCGGAGUCUUCCCUCCCUCUCUUACCUUUAUCUUUGGUCUUAUUCAGACCUAGUUCCCAUAACAAUAACUUCAAAUCAAUUCUAUUUAAAGCCCCUGGAUCGCAUAAUUAUAGCUUUAAAAUCCGCAAAGGCGUAAACUACAA